GAGACACCUCUCUCUCUCUCUCUCUCUCUCUCUCUCUCUCUCUUUCUUGCUCUCUCGGCCAUCCUCUAUCUCAAUCGGUGAUUCCAUCUGGGUUUUCCUUGUAGCCUCCUAAUUAAUUUGUUGUAUUUUCUCUCAAGGGAGUGUUUGUUUUCCCUUUCUUUCUAGACAGAGACCCAGAAAGGCAGGAGACAAAAAUCCCUCUGGUCCAAAAAUGUAUGAGACUGGUUGCUUUGAUCCCAACCCCAUGACAGAAGGUACAGUUGCUGCAGGAGAAGCAGCAAUACCAGAGGAUGGAUUUUCCCAUACACUCCCGACCCACAACAGCUUUGAAGAGAAUCUCAGGAUCUCCAUGGAAGAGUUCUCCUACAGCCACAACCUCGCUCACCCGCCUCCUACCCAUGAAGAUGCUGCAGCUGCAGCCACUGCCAUGGGGAUUGAACUCCAACAGCAGCUGGCAUUCAAUAUGGACGACUCCUACAACCCCACCAACCAUAACAAUCCUCAUCUCGUCGACAACUCUUACAGCGUCCACGAGAUGCGAGAUAUGGAACGUUUUAACCAUCACCACCAGAACCAUGAAGAUCAGCAACAACAGUUGCAGCAAAUGGACAUUAAUCAAAACGGCCAGCAAUGCUUCGAUUAUUCUUCGCUACCAAACAGUCCGUACCCCCCAACUCCAGACCUCCUCAAUCUCUUCCACCUGCCCAGAUGCUCAGGCUCCACUUUGCUUCCCAGUUCAUCCAUCUCCUUCUCAAACCCGACCCAGAAGACCGCAAAUUAUCAGAACCCGUUGGGCUUUCUGGGAGACGUUCCGGCCGGAUCGGACCAUGCCUCCGGCGCAUCUGUUUUGUAUGACCCACUAUUCCAUUUAAACCUGCCUCCACAGCCUCCUAUGUUCAGGGGUUUGUUCCAGUCUCUACCCAACGGCUACGGCUUGCCAGGCUCAAGGAAUGGUUCUCUGUUUGGUACAGGAGGGGAUGAGAGAGAGGGAAGUGGGGAUGGGAGACAGUUUGAAAAUGGCGUACUGGAGUUCACCGCCAGAGACAUGGCUUGUAUUGGAAAAGGCAGGGUCGAUGGCGAAACCAAACACUUUGCCACAGAGCGCCAGAGGAGACAGCACUUGAACGACAAGUUCAAGGCCUUGAGGAGCCUUGUCCCUAACCCUACCAAGCCUGAUAGGGCAUCUGUGGUGGGCGAUGCAAUAGAAUACAUCAAAGAGCUUCUGAGGACAGUUAACGAGCUGAAGUUGCUGGUGGAGAAAAAGAGAUGUGGGAGAGAGAGGACGAAGAGGCACAAGAAGGAAGCUGACGAUGCGUCCGGGGAUGUGGAGAGCUGCAACAUGAAGCCUCUUGGUGACCCUGAGCAGUCCUACAACGGAUCUCUGAGGAGCUCAUGGCUUCAGAGGAAGUCCAAAGAGACCGAGGUCGAUGUUCGUAUCAUCGACGACGAGGUCACCAUCAAACUCGUUCAGCGAAAGAAUAAUUGCUUGCUGUUUGUCUCUAAAGUCCUCGACGAGCUUCAGCUCGAUCUCCAUCAUGUUGCUGGUGGCCACAUUGGCGAUUUCUACAGCUUCUUGUUCAACACCAAGAUAUAUGAAGGCUCUUCUGUGUAUGCGAGUUCCAUAGCCAACAAGAUCAUUGAGGUUGUGGACAGACAGUGUGCAGCCAUUCCACCUGCCAGUAGGCUGUAGCUAUUAGAGUUGGAGAAGAUAUAUACAUCGAUCCCAGGGAAUUAAGGAAUUAAGGAAUUCUGAUGAUCUUUUGAUCGAGUUUUAAUGUUGAGUAUAAUAGUGGAUUCUAGUGGUAAGCAAUAAAGCUGGUCAAGGGAUCGAUACAAUUUAUGUAUACUUAUUUCCAAGAUUUGAAGUUACCGUACUAAGCUAAUUACUUGCU